UAAGAAUUCAAAGUUUUUUUUUGUUUUGCUUUAACCGGAGAGACACCCUCUCCCUAAAUAUAUAUAGUUUUGAUCCUUUUUCAAUUCUUCCGGAAAAGGAUACGUUCAAGAACCCUUAUUACAAGGACGAGAGAUCUUCCCAGACGUCUUUGAUCUUCUUCAAUAGGGAAUAAUAAUUCUGAUUUUGGUCGAAGAUGUUGGGAGAUUUCAUCAUCAGACUCCUUGUAUUAAUAUUAGGGUACACAUACCCUGCAUUCGAAUGCUUCAAAACCGUGGAGAAGAACAAAGUUGAUAUCGAGGAACUCAGAUUUUGGUGCCAAUACUGGAUACUCUUGGCGGUAAUUUCAUCAUUUGAGAGGGUUGGCGAUAUAUUUAUCUCAUGGUUACCGUUGUACGGAGAGAUGAAAGUAGUCUUCUUCGUAUAUCUAUGGUACCCCAAAACAAAGGGAACGAGACAUGUGUACGAGACAUUGUUGAAGCCAUACAUGGCUCAGCAUGAGACAGAGAUUGACAGAAAGAUAAUGGAGUUGCGAGCUCGUGCUUGGGAUUUUUUCAUCUUCUACUUCAACAACUUUGCCCAGGCUGGUCAAUCUACCUUGAUCCAGGGUUUUCAGUACGUACUCGCCCAAUCGGUCCGGUUCUCAGCGGCUGCUGCUAACCCACCGCCGAUGGAGCGGAAUGUGAACGUGAACACGCAGUCACCAGUAGAGAUGGACAAUGAACCGCAGUCACCGCGGGCUCCAAGACCGCUGAACAAAUCUCUGUCUGCGUUGCGAUCACUGGAGAAGCAAACGAGCAGAGGGAGGAAGUGGCCGCCACCAACACCACCUCCAACACCAGGACGAGACUCAGCCGGACCAUUCACUGGAGACGACGGAGUCAACAUUCCUGAUACUAUUCCGGGAUCACCCCUCACCGAUGCUCGAGCGAGGCUCCGACGUUCUAACUCUAGAACUCAGCCCACAGCUUAGUAACGUACAUAUUUUACGUGACUCACGAAAAUCCUUCUCUAUUUGUUAAAGGAGAUAUAGGGAAAGAAAAGUGAAAUGAAAAGUUUUGAAUUGUUUAAAAUACAAAACAGAUUGAUUUUAUUUUUUCUUGUUUUGUCUUGUAAAUUGAAGCAGUAAGUAUUAAUACAGCGAGAAUAUUUGUGUGCUUGUUUUGCUUAAUCUUCUCUGGCUAGG